AUGAUUAUACCUCGCUGGCACAAGAACUCAAGGGAAGGGAAGGGUUGCGCGGGGCUGAAUGUUGGUGUUCUCCUCGACACGGCAUCGUCCGCUGCUGCCGCCGUCGGCAAUCUCGACGUCGCACGCUCUCUUCCUCGCGCUCCUAUCAUCUUCCUUUCCUCUCUUCUCCUUCAAUCCUGUGAUAAACCACUUUUUGCGCUUUCGCUUCCCAUUUCAUCUUCCUACAUGUCCCGUGCUUUCGACGUCCCAGAGCUCCGGCUUGAAGUAUGCAGCCAUAUCGAGUCCCAAGAAACCCUGGCAGCUCUUGCGCAGACCUCUAGCACAUUUCUGCACCCAUCACUUGACAGGCUGUGGUCAGGCGAGCUCCAACCUGUAUCAAUUUGGAGCGUGAUAAACCUCCUUGAAGAGGGUAUUGUGAAGAAUGAUUUCGGCAAAAUUGUUGACCUGGUGCUCAACCGAAAUGAGCACACCCGCUUCUUCAGUUACACCCAUCGUAUACGUUACCUUGACUUGAAUCUUCACCUCGAUCGUGAACAUUCCAUAUACGAAUCCGCCCUCCUAAAGCUCGUUUCCCCUCCUUAUAGUCUCGAGAGGAGCUUCCCACGACUUCGAUAUCUAACACUCGGGGCUGAGGCUCUAUCGACAGAAGGACAGAUGACGUUCCUUCCCCCUUUACUGUCCUCAUUGACUGUAACGGGGCUCGAAGACCGUAAGCUCGUAGAUGAGCUCGUACACCGAUGCCCUUCUUUACAGAGUCUAGACCUGGCGCUAUUAUAUCCCUUCCGGGACAAGGAGCUGAAAGAGGCGGUCUCACUGACUGUGGUCAAGCUUUUCUCUCUGUCUACACUGCGUUUCACGGGAUUGAUAAGCUCAGACGCUAUCCGCGACCUCUCGCGCUCUUCGUGUCUUCGGCGUCUUUCGCUGAUCAACACGGAUUUUGCAGGGGAUGCACUAUCCGGGUCUAAGGAUGACACACUACAGUUCCAAGCUCUUGAGUUUCUGGAGGUCUCCUUUCGCACCAUUGAAUCUACCACCACACUGUUACAAAGGCUGGACAAGAUGCCCCGGGUACUCAAAAUACGGGCCAGUGUACUGGCUCAGGCUGAAUUACAAGCGUUCUUCUCGUUCUUUUCUCAAGCUCGUGGAGACAAAUUAGAAGAGCUAAUCUUAAAUACGCCUGCCGCCGUUCCACCCUGCACAUACACUUCUGAUUUGAUCAAGCCGCUCAUGUAUCUUACCAGCCUGCGAUUGCUCUGGCUGGGCAUACACUCUUCGAUUUCGAUCGCCCCCGGCGAAUUGUAUGAGUUCCUGCGGGGUUUUCCAAAGCUCGAGACACUCCACUUCAACCCUACUCCUAUUACUGUCGACUUCCUGGCGUCCAUUACCACGGAGUGUCCAAUGUUGAAGGAUGUCUUUUUGCCUAUUGAAACCUCAGCCCCUAUUGAAAUCUCGACCCCAGCAGUCAUGUCCAUGUCCUCACACCCACAGCAGAGGCCAUUGAGCCUUCACCAUGCACAUUUUUCUCUCACAGAGCUGGCGGACGUGUCCGUGCUUACGAGGACUUUGGUGUCACACUUCCCUUCGAUACAGGCACUGACUCUGGAUCAUAACCUUUCCACAGGCGUUUCCCGGCUACAGACGGGACGGCAGACGGGUUUUGAUUGCAUUGAGCCGCUGCGCCAACUCUGUAUGAUGACCGCUCUGUCCAUAAAGCUACCUCAUCCCCUCGCCCUCGCCGAUGCAGAUCUCACCGAGCUAGCAACGGCGUUGCCUCACCUUACCCAUCUAAGACUCCUGGGCGACCACCCGCCCACUCAGCUUUCCCGCAUCGCAGUGACCUUGGACGGUGUAUGGGCGCUGACGAGCAUCUGCACCAACCUGCGUGCCCUUGGGAUAAAUUUCAGUGCGAUAUCCACUUUCCGCAGUUUUCCUCUCAAGCAACGUUUAAAAUCCGGUCAAGGAUUAUUGCAGAAUCGGACCUUGCGACACCUUGACAUACCCGGCUCGUAUGUCUCUGCUGCAGUUGUACGCGAUCUAGCCGUCCUUUUGGCGAUCAUGUUCCCCCGUCUCUACGGGUUCGGCCCCCGCGGGCCGUUUUACAUGGGCGACACAUGCUGUAGACUGGGGCUGUGGAUCGCGUCGCUCCAACGAGAGCUAAAGGGUAAGGAUGUAGCGACUAUGAGCGUCGAAGAACUGCGGAGUAUUGCUCAAGAUCACUGCAAAGGGAUUUAUAAAAUCGAGCUCUGAGAUAACCGACUUGUUGUCAUUGGACGCUUUACGUACAGUGUCGGGUGUAUGACCCUGCAGUUCAAGAUAUUGUGAAUGCUGUAGCCAAAGGCGGUGGUAGGAUACAAUGUGUGAUUUGUGUCCGCUGCAUAACAGCCAAGAAUGAAGCGGACGUGUCCGUGAGCUUGAUUCUUGAAUCGUUCUGCUCCUAGUACUAGUGUAAAAAUUUCUUCUCCUACGCUCGAG